UCCCAGGUGGGGUUCUGAAUCCCUAGAGCAGAGUGAUGGAGCCAUCCCAGCCACAUAGCCUCGGAGUUGGGCUACGGUCAUCAGGAGCUCAUGUGAUGGUGACAUGCAAGAUGUAAAACAUGCAUUCAUCACCGAGAGGCCUAUCAAAUAAGAGGACCUGUUAAGGCAAAGACAACACAACUUAUGUAAUUGUAUCUGUAUGAAAAAAUAAACAAGGACAAAACACGCCACCAACCAAGGAGACCGAAUAUUUCCACUGAAAAAUGCAGAAGUGACAUCCAUUGCGGGAGGAAUCUACAACAGUUAAAGAGACAGUACUGGAGACAUUGGAUGAAUCAGCCUACCAUCAUCUUUGGAACACAGGAAGGGUCAUGACCCAGUUGCCAUGCGCAUCACCACGGUGACCAGCCUUCCUAGUCCCUCCCCCCUCCUCCUCUUAUUGGUUCAGCUGCUGUUGUGGCUCAUCCUCCCAGGCCAAGAGGCAGUCGGAGCCGCCUCCACCUGUCCCGCGCUGUGCAGUUGUUCUAAUCAAGCUAGUCGAGUGAUCUGUACAAAACGAAACUUAGAAGAGGUGCCCGAAAGUAUAUCAAACAACACACGAUACCUCAACUUACAAGAGAACUCAAUACAGGUGAUAAAAUCAGACACAUUCAAACAUUUGCGGCACCUGGAGAUCCUCCAGCUCUCCAAGAACCAGAUUCGUCAGAUAGAGGUGGGUGCUUUCAAUGGCCUCCCAAACCUCAACACUCUGGAACUGUUCGACAACCGCCUCACGCUGGUGCCAUCGCAAGCUUUUGAGUACCUCAGCAAGCUUCGGGAACUGUGGUUACGAAAUAACCCCAUUGAAACUUUACCAGGCUACGCAUUUCACCGUGUCCCCUCGCUGCGGCGUCUUGACCUAGGCGAACUCAAGAAGCUGGAUUAUAUAUCUGACGCAGCCUUUGUUGGACUCAUCAACCUGCGCUACCUGAACUUGGGUAUGUGUGGCCUGAAGGACAUCCCUAACUUGACUGCCCUAGUGCGACUGGAGGAGCUAGAGUUGUCUGGGAACCGUCUGGAAAUCAUCAGACCCGGAUCCUUUCAAGGCCUGGAAUCUUUGCGCAAACUAUGGCUCAUGCACUCUCAGAUGUCGGUCAUCGAGCGCAAUGCUUUCGAUGAUCUCAAGAACCUAGAGGAGCUUAACCUAUCCCACAAUUCCCUGCACUCUUUGCCUCAUGACCUUUUCACACCUCUGCAGAAGCUGGAGCGAGUGCACCUCAAUCACAACCCAUGGGUGUGCAACUGCGAUGUGCUCUGGCUAAGCUGGUGGCUGAAAGAAACGGUGCCUAGCAACACAACUUGCUGUGCGCGGUGCCACGCACCACCCUACCUUAAGGGAAAGUACAUAGGAGAGUUAGACCAGAGCCAUUUCACCUGCUAUGCCCCCGUCAUUGUGGAGCCGCCCACUGACCUCAAUGUGACCGAGGGCAUGGCUGCUGAGCUCAAGUGUCGCACUGGUACCUCCAUGACCUCUGUGAAUUGGAUCACUCCGAACGGGACCCUAAUGACCCAUGGCUCCUAUAGGGUCAGGAUUUCCGUUCUGCAUGAUGGUACACUGAAUUUCACCAACGUAACUCUGCGUGACACCGGCCAGUACACCUGCAUGGUGACCAACUCAGCUGGGAACACAACGGCAACCGCUGUCCUGAAUGUGACCGCAGCAGACGUCAGUUUCAACUACACCUACUUCACCACGGUCACUGUAGAAACUGUGGAGUCUACGGGAGAUGAAGAAUCUGCAUUGCGUGCCUUCACCGAGACCUUUAUCCAUAUUCCCGGGCCUACACCUUCUGGGCACCUCUGGCAUGAAGUUGUCCCCACUACUGCCUCUUCUCUCUCAAUCCUUGGCUCAUCAUCUUCUCCCCGAGCAACCAAACCCACUUUCACUGUCCCCAUUUCUGAGCCCAACUAUCCCUCUGGACUAGAUGAUGUGAUGAAGACCACCAAGAUCAUCAUCGGUUGCUUCGUGGCCAUUACCUUCAUGGCUGCCGUCAUGCUGGUGGUGUUUUACAAGCUGAGGAAGCAGCAUCAGUUGCACAAACACCACGGGCCGGCACGAGCCAUCGAGAUCAUUAAUGUCGAAGAUGAGAUUGGAGCAGGAACGGGCAUCCGUGGCAGCGGCAUCUCAGGAGGAUCCACGGUACCGCAAGGAGGCUCUGGCGGAGGCGGACAGAGCUUGCGUCUGCACCUACCCGAAAUCAUCAACCUCCAAGACCUUGCACGAGCAGAGCAUCUCAACCAUUACUACAAGGCCCAUCACUUCAACAAUAACAUGAUAGGUCUGGGCCUUGGCGGAGGCCUAAACAAUAACAACAACCCUUCGCCCUGCUCCCAGGCCCAGAAUACCCCCAUCUCUUGCACACAGGUGCCAGUCUCUGUAAGUAGUACAUCAUGCUCCAUGCCUUCUCCAAUGCCUCUGCCGACCCUUGGCAUCCACGGGUCACUGAAAGGCCUGAUGGGUAAAGGGCAGAACCCACAGAUUGAGCCGUUGCUUUUCAAGAGCGGCUCCAAGGAGAAUGUCCAAGAAACCCAGAUCUGAAGUUGAGAAAGAGAGUAAGGGAGAGAGGGAGAAAGGUAAAUGUACAAAUAAAAGAUGGAGAAAGAGUAUCAGGGAGACAGAAACAGAUGAAGAGUAUUGGCUGUUCAUCCCCUAUGGGUAUGUUCUCAGGAGUAAUGAGUAAGGCAGACCCAGCAUUGUAUGAAAUAUUACCUACACAAGAAUACAAUAUACAGCUGUGAAAUCACUACCAAGUAAAUACACUGGCAAAGAGUGGGGGGAAUUUCAAGAAGGAAGACAGGCAACCACUCAGCAGUUUAAAAUCAGUCUUUACAUUUCUCUGAUCUGCACGUAUGAAGGGGAUCAUCAGACAUCAGCAAACAAAACCACACUUGCCAAUACCUUAUAAAUCGAUACGUUUUUGUGUAAUGCAAGAUUGAUAAUUAUGUGCCAAACUUGCACCAAACUGUGCCAAAGCCAAAUCUUUGCACACUACUCAUGUGUACAGACACGUUUCAGAAGACAAAAAGAUCUGCGCGUAUACUGUACACCAUCAAAUACAGAACUCCAUCAAUAAAGCAAACAUGCUACGAAAAUCAAAACCAUACACACCAUUAGGUAGGAAGUGUAUAUAGAAAUACAUGAACAACCUUAAGUAUUUAUGGACAGUGGCUGAGAACGAAAAAUCACAUCUGAAAAUGGUUUAGAGAACCGUAAAGCUCAGAUAACAAAAUGGAUCAUUACAAUUUUGUAGAGGUUCGCAGUCCUAAGAAAGAAAGAUGGAUUAGUAGACCAGCACUGUGUAGAGGGCUUAUGUUUCGUGAUGAUGAUGGACUCAGAUUCUCCCCUUUCUCGAAGGCUCUCACAGUUGAGAGGAAGAGAGGAAAAUGAACAAGGACUUAA